UUCACCACCCAUCUCUCUAUGAUCUCCUCUUGAACCAUCUUCUUCAAAUUCAAGGAACCCAUUUUUUAGUUUAUUCUAUAAUAUUCGUUUAUCUCUUUUUUAUGGCAGAAAACUGAAAAAGAAUUGGAUUUGAUGCAUGCACACCAUGUGUUUGUGAAUAUUUCUGAAUAAAACUUUGAGCUUGUAUUGUUUGAUUGUGAAAAAAAAAAUUGAAACAAGAAAGGCAAGAUGGGAACAACAGAGGCGGGGGAGAGAGUGGUGGUGAUCCUGGACGGGUCGAGGGAGCUAAAUCCAAGCAUAAUAAAAUGGCCCCUGGUGGGUUUAUCACUCAAAUCUGGAGACAAGCUUUGUGCAAUUGGAAUUCUUCACCAGGUUAUUACUCCUAGUACGUUUUCUUUCAUGGGAGCUCGAAAACUCAUGGGAUUUAGAUCUAAGCUUGAAGUGGGGUCAAUUUUUGGACCAAACAAAAAGAUUGCCGAGGAAGAAACGAGGAAGAAGUUAGAAGAGCACAAAAAGAAUGGUGAGAUUGUGAGAAUAUCCCGGCAAUGCGAAAAGGAGCAGAUACAAUUUCGGAUAGAGAUGUUAGCAGGUUAUCCAUUAAAGGAGGUUGCUGCAAGAUUUGUCAAAAAAUUUCGUGCUACUUGGUUAGUACUUGACAGGUAUGUGUUUUAA